AUGGAUUCAUCUGAUGAAUCUUCAGGAAAUAUUCGGGUGGUAUGUCGAAUUUGAAUAAUUAAAAUAUGAUGUCUCAGCAUGGAUAUAGCUUUUCGGUCAUGGAGCUUCGAGAACAUAUUUUAAUUAUAUCCGGUAAGGUUUUCAUCCCAGAAAUGGAGCCAUAUUAGGUAACUAAUCCUAAUACAUUUAGGACUAAUCUAAGUCAACUUUCGGGAGCUGGAUUUUACUUACUUACCCCCCCCCCCCUCCGUGAGCGAACAAAACCAUUAGAAAAAUCGCCAUUUUUUUGACCAAAAACCCACCCUCCGUGAGUGAACAAAAAUAUUUUUAAUAGAAAAAAUUUUUAAUAGAAAAAAAUUUUGCUAUAUAAGUGAUAAUUAGUAUAAUGAAAUCUAGAGCUAAUUCUGUUUAAUUUUAAAUAAAUUGCGUUUUAAAACAUAAAUUUUGCAAAUUAAAUUAGUAUUUGCUUCCCAAUUUUUGCAAAUUAGGAUUUUUUUUAAAUUUCGAAAAAAAUAUUUUUUAUAAAAUUUAUAUAUAAAUUGUUUUUAAAAAAAAAAAUUAACCCCCCCUCCGUGAGUGAACAAAAUUUUUUGUUCGCUCACGGAGGGGGGGGGGGGAGUUAGAAGGAAAGUGGGACUUGGAGUUGGAAAGGGGAAGCCCAUCAAAGCUUUUUACCGGCAACUCCCUAAAUGAAGCCAGGAGUUACGCUCUGUGCUGCAAGCUUUGCUUUUGGCCGGAAUUUCCAUUCUUUGGUAUUUUGUGCAGGAAGUCUCAUCUGCGUACAGCAUGGUGGCCAGCCUACUUUGCUCUCCGUUAGUCGCAAGCCUCAGUAAAGAGAACUUAACCCUCUGAUGGGAAGGCUGCAGGUGGACCAACUAUGCAAAAUAGAGAUGGGCAACACCAGGUGCUACCAGAGCUUUCCUAUAAUCUAACUUAAUGCUAAUGUUAAUGCUAUGUCGAUUUCGACCACUGAACGAAAAAGAAAAACAAAUAGAAGAAUCAGUUUGUGUGAAUUUCGACUCUGAUAACAAAACAGUUGCUAUAAAAUCUGAAGGGGAGCCCUUGAGAUUUUCCUACGAUUAUGUAUUCCCUCCCUCAACUCCACAAGCCAAAAUUUAUCAUAUCGCUGCUCGGCCAAUUGUAGAUGCAGUUAUGCAAGGAUUUAAUGGGACUGUGUUUGCUUAUGGGCAAACCUCUUCAGGAAAGACAUUUACAAUGACUGGAGUUUUAAAUGAUAAAGACCUAAUGGGCAUUAUUCCUAGAAUGAUUGGUGAUGCCUUCAUGAAGAUCUUGAAUUCUGAUCCUCAUUUAGAAUUUUCAGUUAAAGUAGGCUAUUGUGAGAUCUAUAUGGAAAAAAUCAAAGAUCUUCUUGAGCCUACGAAAAAUAACUUAAAGAUCCAUGAAGACAAAAUAAGAGGGGUUUAUAUCGAAGACUUAACAGAGCGAUACGUCUCAAAUGAAGACGAAGUCUAUGAACUUAUGAAUAUAGGAACAGGCAAUAGAGAAGUUGGAUACACACAUAUGAACGCAGGCUCUUCUCGAUCUCAUUCUAUAUUCUGCGUCACUCUGUCUCAAACCAACUCUUUAGAUUGUUCAACUAAAACAGGAAAAUUAUAUCUUGUUGACUUAGCUGGAAGUGAAAAAGUUGGUAAGACUGGAGCUGAAGGCAAAAGGCUAGAAGAAGCAAAAAAUAUUAAUAAAAGUUUAACUGCGCUUGGACAAGUGAUCAAUGCUUUAACUGAUGGAAAAAGCUCUCAUGUUCCUUACAGAGAUUCUAAGCUAACAAGAGUUCUUCAAGACUCCUUAGGUGGCAACUCAAAAACUUCAUUAAUCAUUACAUGCUCCCCUUCUGCUUAUAAUGAAGCAGAGACAGUCAGUACAUUACGCUUUGGAAUUCGAGCAAAGUCUAUUAAAAAUAAAGCAAAAGUAAACAAAGAAUAUACUGUCUCAGAACUCAAACUUAUGCUAGCAAAAGCAAAAGAAGAGAUCCAUAUGAAAGACAAAAAAAUAGAAAUGCUUGAGCAGAAAAUAGGAAAGCCUUUGAAUUAUGAAGAAAUGGAAACCAAGUCAAACUCAAAAGAAGACAUAAAAGAAGAAAGUGACGUCGAAAUCUCAAAAGUUUCAGCUCUAGACGAUAUCGUAGUAGAACUUGAAGAUACAAGGGAAAGGCUCACUAAAGAAGUCGAAAAAAACAUGAAACUAAAUGCAUUUCUUAUUGAAAAUGAAAAAGAAAUAUCAGAAAUCAGAGGGAAUUAUAGCUUUUUACUGCAGAGAACUAAUGAAGCUGCUGAUAAAAAUGCUUUAAAUGAAGAAAUUAUAAGGGAAAAAGAUGAACAGAUAGAACUGUUAAUGGAAGAAAUAGAAGAUCUGAAAAAUGAAAUGAAAAAUGUGUAUGACAAAAGAUUUGAAUUAGAACAAUCUUUUUGUGAUAAAGAUAUAGAAAUCAUUCAAUUAAAGUCCGAGCUUGAUGUACUGCCAAUUAAUGAUGAAAAUAUUUCAAAAUCUGCUUUAAAAGAGCAGCUAGAAGAGAGAGAUUAAUUAGGGAGGGUAAAAGCGGGGUUUAUUUCAGUCCCUGAUCCAGUCGAGCUCCAGCUUCACGCUCAAUGUGGCGCUAGUCACCAAAGCCACCUAACGCCCUUUUUCUGUCGAAGUCGUCAAAAAUGACGACAUCGACAUCUUCGGGAGACUCACCCGAGAGCCUGCUUGAACCAAAAACUUCAGCAAAGGACUCUCUUAGCCCCUGGUAGUGCUUACUCCCCCCUCCGUGAGUGAACAAAAAUUUUUUAUGGAAAAAAAAUUGAUAUAUAAAAUGAUAAUUAGUACAAUGAAAUCUAGAGCUAAUUCUGUUUAAUUUUGAACGAAUUGCUUUUUAAAAACAUAAAUUUUAUAAAUUAAAUUAAUAUUUGCUUUCCAAUUUUUGCGAAUUAGGAUUUUUUUAAAUUCGAAAAAAAAUAUUUUUUAUAAAAAAUUUAUAUAUAAAUUUUUUUAAAAAAAAAAAAUUAACCCCCUCCGUGAGUGAACAAAAUUUUUUGUUCACUCACGGAGGGGGGGGGGAGUUAGGGUAUGAGGGGAAUGUCCGAAGCCUACUCCGCCAUUUACAGGCAGCAUAAUGCUCCUCCAGAAGUGCCUGCUUGUAUUGCGCCAUCGGUCUUUCGCCUGUGGGUCGAGGAGAGGCCCAGUCAGCCCAAACCUGCUCCCACCCCGGAAACCACACCCCAUCCGACCCAGUGCCCUUCGGGGCCACCAUUUUGUUAAGUGACCCCGAAUUCUGGAACUUUUUCUUUUUCUGUUGGACUGCGGCCUUCGCCAUCAUGAAGGCGUAAUAUCUGCAGCUAGAAGAAGAAAUGGCGAAAAAUAAAGAUCUUUUAAUGAAAAUCAAUGAAUUUGAAAACUUGUUGCAAGUUAAAGCAAGUAUGGAAUCAGAAAUAGAAGUACAUAAAGAAAAAUGGAAUGGCGAUAAGCAAGAAUUGAUAGACGAACUUCAGCAAAAAUCAGAAAAAAUUAUCAAGCUCGAAUACGAUCUUGAUCAAUCUAAAGAAAAUUACAAAAAGCUUGAAUCCAGCUUAAAAAAAGAACUUAUUUGUUUAAGAGAAAUCUCUAUUACUCUAGGAAAGCAAUUAGAGCUAGUCUCAACAAAUAACAAUCAGCUAACUAAAGAGAAGUCUGAACUAGUUAUUGAAAAAAAUUCAUUAGAAAGAAAGCUCGCCAGAACUUUAAAACGAGCAAAACUGGCUGAAGAAGAAAUAAAAAAAUACAAAGACAUGAAAAACUUUGUAAAAAAUGAAACUUCAAGGGACAAAAAAAGAACGAAAACAGUAAUCGAUAGAUCAACUGAUUCAAAAAACUCACCUCCAAAGCCAGCAUUAAGGACAUCUUUAAACGCGCCUUUAAAUUACAACAUAAAAAAGACAGUCACUCGAAGAUCCUAUGCCACUAUCCAGAUGCUUGAUGCUAUAAAAGAAGUUGAUAAAAAGAAAAACGACAUGUCAGGGGAACUUGAUUUCACUGAUAUUCAGCCAUCUUCUGCAGGAAGAGAAAAAUGCAUUGUGUUUUAA